UAUUAUUGACAAGUUUAUAAAAUUUCAAUGACUUCAAAGUAUAAUGAAAUUUUUAUUAGAAAAAUAGCAAGGUUGAAAGAAUGCAAUGGGGUUGAUGAUAAUAAAAUUUCCAUGGUUUAUCACAUGGACAUGUCUUAUAUGGGGAUUAAAUUCAAGCCCUCAAGUGUUACCUAAACAAGUACCAUGUGAUAAAACACGUAAAGUUUUUACUGAUACAUGGGGAAUGAUUAGCGAUGGCCCUAUGGGAUCAAAUUAUACACAGGAUUCACACUGUGAAUGGCUUAUCCAAGCCAAUAAAAGUAGCCAAUUUAUAACUCUUAGUUUUCGUACAAUGGGAACAGAGUGUAGUUAUGAUUAUGUUUUUGUUUAUGAUGGUGAUUCAUUUCGUUCACCAUUACUUGGUAGUUUUAGUGGUAAAACUGAGCCUCAACAAGUAACAUCAUCAUCUGGCUAUAUGUUAAUAUUAUUGUACAGUGAUACAAAUUAUGUUUUGGAUGGUUUUCAUGCUGAAUUUUCAGUAACAGAUUGUCCAAAUAAUUGUACACGACAUGGUAAAUGUAUUAAUAAUACAUGUUUUUGUGAAAAUAAUUGGGGUGGAAAAGAUUGUUCAAGAGAAUUAUGUCCAGAUAAUUGUGGUAAUGGAGGUUUAUGUAGUACUAAUAAAUGUCAAUGUAAAAAAGGUUUUUCUGGUCAAUCAUGUUCGUUAAAUUCAAAAAGACCAGAUGGAAAUAAAUGGCACUGGUUAUCACAUUCAGAAAGUGGAUUAACACCAAGAGCAGCACAUUCAGCAGUAUAUGAUACUCAAACAGAUUCAUUAUUUGUAUUUGGUGGAUAUGAUCUUAAUUAUGUACUUGGUGAUCUUCAAGUUUAUAGAUUUAAUACAAGCCAAUGGGAAGAUGAACAUGGUGUAAUACUAGAAAGUCCAUCAUCUGUUGAUUAUUUAGAUCCAACAUUAAUUAAAAAUGAACUUGAACGAAUUAGUGCAGGUGAAGAAAAAUAUGGUUUAUCAUCAAGAUCAUUUGCUUGGAAAUUAUUGUAUAAUAUUAAAAGUAACAGUAGCAUUGGUUUAACUAAUAAUAAUACUGAAUAUUUAUCAACAAAUCAACGUGAACGUAUAAAAAAAUUACAUGAAAUUCAUACAAAUAAACAAAAACGUCAUAGUCAUCAAUCAUAUAAAACAAAUGAUUCAUCAUUUUGGCAAGAAUAUUUAUUUGACACACCAGUAAUAAAUAAAAUUAAAAAAACAAAUUUUAUAAAUGAUAAAAUAAAACGUAAUAUACCAGAAUAUUUAACACCAGCACCACGUUAUGGUCAUGCUGCUUGUAAAUAUGAAAAAGGUUUUGUAAUUUAUGGUGGAAAAUUAUCAGAUGGUACAUUGUCAAAUGAACUUUGGCAUUAUAAUAUUAAAGAUAAAAUAUGGACACGUAGAGCUAAAAAUUCACCACUAAAACCACCAGCUUUAACACGACAUACAUUAACAUUAGCAAAAGAUAAUAUUUAUAUAUUUGGUGGUAGUACAGUUGACGGUGAAUUUUCAUCAAAUUUAUAUACAAUACGACUUAAUAUGACAAAUAGUACAAAUGAAAAAUGGAUUAAAGUAAGACCACGUGGUGGUAAAGAAUUAGAUGUACGUGUUGUUGCACAUUCAACAGUUUAUCAUAUUGCAACAAAUUCAUUGUUAGUUUAUGGUGGUGUUGUUGCAAGUGUUGCAAGAUUUAGUAAAUUAUCUGAUAGAAUGUUUGUAUUUCAAAUAAGUCGUAAAGUAUGGUCGGAAAUUCAUUAUCCACGUGAACAUUUACCAGAUGUAUAUGUACCACGUGAAAGAGCAUUUCAUUCAUGCAAUAUUAUUGGUAAUUAUCUUGUUGUAUUUGGUGGCUAUUCACAUCGUCAUAAUAAAGAAGAAAUAUGUUAUGAUAAUCAAAUGUAUCUUUAUAAUCUUGGUUGUCAUGUUUGGGUUAGUCAUGAGGUACUUGGUAUUAAUGAUAAAGUAUCAAGUUAUCCAAAACAACAAGGUGUAUUUGCUCAUGCUGCUGAUGUUAGAAAUGAUAAUACAUUAUUAUUAAUUGGUGGUUAUCAUGGUAAUGUUAAUGCUGAUUUAUUAGCAUAUACAUUACCACCAAUGUUAGCACCUGGUAAUGAUGAAUUAAUUGAACCAGAAGAACUUUGUUCAAAUCAUAAAACAUUUACUGAAUGUUCAGCAAAUCCAGAAUGUGGAUGGUGUUCAGCUGAUGAAAUAUGUUAUGGUAGAACAAUUGGUAGUAAUUGUACAACAAAUUUACAAACAUCAAGAUGUCCUGGUGUAUGUCCUGUACUUGGUGAUUGUCAUUCAUGUUUAAUACAUGGACAACCUGGUGGUGGUUGGGGUACAAAUUCACGUGGUAAAAAUUCAAUAUCAAAUAAAUUAAAUCUUGGUACAUGUACAUGGUGUGUACAAAAUGCUCGUUGUCAUCAUAAAAAUGAUAAUUAUGGUGUAUGUGGUUUACGUGAUGAUACAUUAUCACAAAUACCCGGUUGGUGGGGUACAAAAGGUACAGAAAUAUCAAAAGUUGAAGAUUGUCGUAUUAUGGAUCGUCGUCCUGGGCUAACAUUUCUUAAAUAUAAACCACCAGUUAAUUUUACACAACCAGAUUCAGUUACAAUUGUUAAUGCAACGACAAUUGAUUUUAAUGUACCAUCAAUGCAAGGUGCUAAAAGUGAAUCAGCACUUGGUGGUGAAAUGAUUGCACGUUUAAUUGGUUUUUUAAGACCACCAGAAUAUUAUUGGGAUGGUAAUAAUGAACAAUUAAAAAUAUGUGUAAGUUAUAAUAGUGCAACACUUCGUGUAUUACAAUAUACAAAUAAUAAUAUGUCAAAUAAAGAAUUAGAACUUGUUGCAAAUUUAACUGCUGAAACAUCACAAUGUAUACCAACAAAAUGGCAAAAUGGUAAUUAUAUGACACUUGAUAAUGGUCGUUAUCUUCUUGAUUUUGAAUCAAAACGUAUGGUUACAGUUAAUUAUGCAUAUCCAAGUAAAAUGGAAAUAACACAUAAUCGUAAAAAUGAAAAUCCAAAAGUAUUUACAUUUGAAUAUCUUGAACCAUAUCAAAAUGGUUCAUGUUAUCAAUAUAAAAAUUGUCUUCAUUGUUUAACUGAUUCAUCAUGUGGAUGGUGUGAUAUUAAUAAUAAAUGUUUAUCACGUUCAUUGGAUGAAAAAAAAAGUUGUUCAAUAACAAUUGAUAUUGAUAAAAAUGGUUUAUUUAUAAAUGAAUGGCAUUAUUUAACAAUAACACCAUCAUCAUGUGCAAAUUGUUCAAAUUAUAUAUCAUGUGAAUCAUGUGUUGAAACAAAUAUAUGUGAAUGGUGGACAGAAGAAGCAAGAUGUGCAAGAUUAGGUAGAUUACCAAAUAGUGUUAUUAAUAUUAAACAAUGUCCAAUUUCAUGUAAUAAAAGAAUUAAUUGUACACAAUGUUUGGAUGAACGUGGUCGUUGUGUAUGGUGUGAAGCAACAAAUGAAUGUUUUUCAUUUUCUGUAUAUACAUCUGAAUAUCAAUUUGGUUUAUGUCGUGAAUGGAUGGAUCAAGCUGGUCUUAUGGGUGUAACAUCACGUUCAGCUACAUCAUUAAUAAGUGGUAAUGAUCAAUGUAAAAGUUGCAAUAGACAUACAAAUUGUACAAGUUGUCUUCAUUCAUUAAGUUGUGGUUGGUGUUAUAAUAUUGAUAAUCCAAUUAUUGGCUCAUGUGUACAAGGUGAUUUUAAUAAAGCCCAUGUUAAUUGUAAUAUUAUUAUUAAUAAUUAUUACAAUGAAACAUUGAGUGUUGAUAAAUCAGGUUGGGCAUAUGCACAAUGUCCAGAUGUUGAUGAGUGUGAUCUUGGUCUUCAUGAUUGUCAUUUAAAUGCAAUAUGUACAAAUACACAUGGCAGUUAUAGCUGUCAAUGCAAACGUGGUUUUAAUGGUGAUGGAAAAGAUAAUUGUACUAAAACAUGUUAUGAAAAAUGUAUCAAUGGAUAUUGUAGUGAAGCACCAGAUUAUAAAUGUCAAUGUAAUCUUGGUUGGACUGGUUCUGAUUGUAAAACAAAUUGUGGCUGUUAUAAUCAUUCAACAUGUACAAAUAGUGUUGGUAUUUGUGAUGAAUGUCAAGAUUGGACAACUGGAAGAUUUUGUGAUAGUUGUAAAAUUGGAAGUUAUGGUAAUGCAACAACAUCAUUUGGUUGUCAUCAGUGUAAAUGUAAUAAUCAUGGUGAUGAAAAUAUGAAUUAUUGUGAUAGUAAAACAGGACAUUGUUUUUGUAAAGAUAAUACUGAAGGUGCUAAUUGUGAAUUAUGUCAAAAAGGAUAUUAUGGUAAUCCAGAAAAUGGUGGUAUGUGUUAUUAUGGUUGUAUGUCUAGAGGUAUUAUUAGUGGAUAUAAAAAUGGUAAACAAGGUCUUGGUAGUAGAUAUUCAAAAUUAUCAAUUUGGGAUAAUUAUUCUGAUAAUAAUCAAACAAAAGAAUGUUUAUGGAUUAUAAUAUCAUCAAAAGAAGAUAAUUUAACAACAAAUUUAAUAAUGCCACCAGCUGUUCCAAGUGUUAUACAAUUUUCAAUUCACAAAGAUAUUAAUGUUAGUUGUCAAGAAAAUAGUGUUUAUGUUUAUGAUGGUUUACCAAAUUUUGUAUCAUCAAUAAAUAACUAUCAAAGCCAAUUACUUGGUGUUUAUUGUUCAGAUAGUACAGAUUAUCCAAUAACUGUUGAGGCAAAAAGUGGAAUAUUAACUGUACACUAUAAACAGCUUAAUGAAAUUGAAGGUUUUAAUGCAAGUUAUAUUUUAUUAACAUGUAAUGAUAAUUGUCCAAUAAAUCGUAAAUGUCGUGGUGGUAAUUGUCUUUGUAAAAAUGGUUUUGUUGGUAUUGAUUGUGAUAUUGAAUUAUGUCCAAAUAAUUGUACAUCAUCUAAAAAACAAGGUAUUUGUGAUAAAAGUUAUGGACAUUGUGUAUGUACAAAUGGUUAUGGUGGACGUGAUUGUUCAAUUAAAAUAAAAGAACAUCAAUUAGUAUUUACUGAAUUAUUUAAUUCAGAAUAUCUUGCUGAUCAUCUUGAUCAUUUACGUAAAACAUUACCACGUUUUGGACAUAGUUUAGUUGCUGAUCGUCGUGGUAGUUUAUGGAUGUUUGGUGGUUAUUCAUUAUCACAUGGUGCAUUAAAUGAUAUACGUUUAUUUGAUACUAAAAAUAAUACAUGGAUGCCAGUAACUGUUGAAUCAACAUCUGAAUCAUCAAUGCCACAAGGUAGAUAUUUUCAUGCAGCUGAAAUUGUACAUAGUCGUCAACAAAUAUAUAUUUAUGGUGGUUUAACAAUGAAAGAUAAAUCAAAUAAUACAUUAAAUGAUUUUUGGAAAUUUAGUUUACAAAAUCAAAGAUGGCAUUAUGUUAAACAAGAUUUAAUUAUUGAUGAACCACCACCAUUAGCUGGUCAUACAUUAACAUUACGUAGAAAUCAAGAUACUGAAAGUUUAAUACUAAUUGGUGGUUUUAGUACAAGUUAUGGUUAUUUAGAUAGUGUUUGGGAAUUUAAUUUAGAAACUGAAAUAUGGAUUAAACUUGUAACAGCUAAAAAUGGUCCACUUGGUGUUUAUGGUCAUAGUGCUGUAUAUCAUACUAAAACAGAUAGUAUAUAUAUAUUUGGUGGAUAUACAUAUGAAGUUAAUAAAACAUUUAUAUCAAAUAAACUUUAUGCACUUAAUUAUAAAACACGUACAUGGUCAGCAUUACCAUCAUUUGAUAAUGAUUUAACAGAUAAUAAUUUAUUACCACAAGCACGUUAUUUACAUUCAGCAGUAACAACUGAUGAAUAUAUGAUAAUAUAUGGUGGACGUCAAAAACCACAUAAUAAUCGUGAUACAUUAAUUGCAUAUAAAUAUGCAUGUAAUUUAUGGAUUAAAUUAUUAACAAAAGAUACUGAUAUUAUUGGUAAAUCACCACCACCAUCAUAUGCUAAUGCUAUGACACAUAUUGAUCCUGAUGUUAAUGUAAUAUAUAUUGUUGGAGGUUUUGAUGGUGGUACUAAAUGUCAUGUUACUAAAAUAAUUAUACCAAAAGAUAUAUGUAAUCUUUGGACUGAUAAAACAGUAUGUAGAAAAUAUUUUGGUUGUUCAUUUUGUUCAGUAACAACAAUUGAUGGUAUUAAUUCAUCAUAUUGUUUUUCAAAUCAAUUAUCAUCAAAUCAUGAUGAUAAAUGUGAUAUUAAUGUUAUACAAUCACAACGUUCAAAUGGAGUUUUUUGUAAUUCUGAAUUAAUGUCAAAUCGUAAAUGUCAAAAUUUUAAAACUUGUACAGAAUGUUUAGCUGAAUGGCCAUUUUAUCAUGAUGCUGGUGAUGUUAAUCAUGACGACGAUGAUGAUGAUGAUGAUGAUGAUAAUGAAGAUGAUGAAGAUGAAGAUGAUGAUGAUGCUAUUGUAUGUAAAUGGUGUACAAAUUGUCCACAAGGUAAAUGCAUACCAUCAGAAAAAAAUUGUGAUGAACAAAAUAAAUGUAAUAGACGACAAAAUGAAAUUAUUGAUAUUAAUCAAUGUAGUGAAAGUAAAUGUCCAGCAAGUGAUUGUGAAAAAUGUUCUAAUUUAGGUGAUAAUUGUAUUUGGACACGACAAAUAUUAAAAACAUCAGAUUAUGGAUGGAAAAUGUCAAGUGAACCUGUAUAUGAUUGGAAUUGUAUAACAAAAGAAGUAUUUGAACGUUCAAAUAUUGAAAAAAAAAGUAAUACAUGUGAACCACGUUGUAGUAGUCAUAAAAAUUGUAGAGAUUGUUUAAAUUCAAGUGGUUCUGAGGGUGGUUGGCAUGAAUGUAGAUGGUCAACACAAUUAAAAGAAUGUAUAUCACCAUCAUAUCAAUCACUUUAUUGUGCUGGUGGUGUUUGUGGUUUAGUAUUACGUAAUAAUGAUAUUGAUAAUUGUCCAGAGUCUUGUUUAUCAUUUAAACAAUGUAGUAUAUGUUUAAAACAUUCACAUUGUGGUUGGUGUUCACUUGAUUCAACAAAUACAACUGGUCAAGGUAUAUGUACAGAAGGUUCACUUGAAUCACCAGCAGAUCAUCCAGCUGAUGGUACAUGUAAAAUGCUUUAUAAUAAAUUAAAUAAUAUUAAUGAAACAUUAUUAUUUAAUGAUAACAAUAAUAAUACAAAUUUUUCAUGGCACUAUGUUAAAUGUCCACGUGAAAAUGAAUGUAUAAAUGGUCAUCAUACUUGUACAAAAAAUAGUGAAAAAUGUGUUGAUUUAGAUGAUGGUUUUGAGUGUACAUGUGGUGAUGGUUAUAAAAAUGAAACAUCAUUAUUAUCUAAUAAUGAAUUUGGUAAAAAAAUAUGUGUACCAAUGUGUAUACAAGGUUGUGUUAGAGGUGAAUGUACAAGUCCAAAUAUAUGUCGUUGUGAUUUUGGUUAUAUUGGAGCAAAUUGUUCAAUUCAAUGUCAAUGUAAUGGUCAUAGUAAUUGUGCUGGUCCUGAUAAACUUGAUGAAUGUUUAAAAUGUUAUAAUAAUACAAUGGGUUCACAAUGUGAUAAAUGUGAACCAUUAUAUGUUGGUAAUCCAGCAAAUAAUGGACAAUGUGUACCUUGUUUAGAUUAUUGUAAUGGUCAUACAAGAAUAUGUAUUAAUGAAAGUAUGACUGUAUCUGAUCCAAAUACAGUUGAUCGUAUGUCUAUUGAAUUAUUAACAAAACAAUUAGUUGAAGGACCAGUUGCUAAAGCUAAAUGUGUUAAUUGUGGUAAUAAUACAAAAGGUGAUAAAUGUGGUGAAUGUGUUUCUGGUUAUUUUCGUGGUACUGAAAAUUUAAGAGAUGUAUGUAGACCAUGUGAAUGUCAUGGACAUGGUUAUACAUGUGAUCCAAUAACUGGUGAAAAAUGUAAUUGUGGUAAUAAUACUGAAAGUGAACCAUCAUGUAUUAGUGGUCCAAGUGGUGGUAUUAAUAGCGGUGGUGGUGGUGGUAUACCAUGUUGGAAAGUACAAUGUAGUAAAUGUCGUGAAAAUUAUGCUGGUACACCAACAAUGGGACAUCAAUGUUAUAAAACAGUUACUGUUGAUAAUAAAAUGUGUUUUGAUUCAAAACUUAUUGAUGAAUGUAAAAUGAAACCAAAACCAUUAAAUCCUGGUGAGACAGUUUUUUAUAUGGUACAACCAAGAUUUAUGAAUGUUGAUAUACGUAUUAUUGUUGAUGUUACACAAGGUGCAUUAGAUUUAUUUUUAAGUCCACAACCAGAUUCAUUUGUUGUUAAUAUUAAUUCAACAACUGGCUAUCAACAAGUUGAAAUUGAUAGUAGAUUUAAAUGGAAAAAUGAACAUUAUGAAAAUUGGUUUGAUCAACGUGAUCGUCUUUUAUAUCGUGUUAAAUUUAUUGAAUUUCAUUCAAAUUUAUAUAAUGAUUCUGAUUCAAAUGAAUCAACUUGGAAUACACAAAUACCACAAUAUAUUGUUAUGGAAAGAUAUGCUGAAGGUCUUGCAACAUUUAUAACAAUUGAAAAAAGAAAUACAUUUUUAAUUGUUAGAAAUUUAACAAAUAGAUUGGUAUUAACAUUACCACAAGAUAAACAUGAACUUGGUCAAACAAAAUUUCAUAUUGCAUUACAAGCAAUUGAUACAUCAAAUGUAGAUUCAAAUAAUCAUGCUGCAUAUGGAAUGAUAUUUUUUCGUCAAGAUCAAUUACAUAUUGAUUUAUUUGUAUUUUUUUCAGUAUUUUUUUCAUGUUUUUUUUUAUUUUUAGCUGCUUGUGUUGUUGCAUGGAAAACAAAACAAGCUGCUGAUAUAAGACGUGCACGUAGACGACAUGUUGUUGAAAUGUUACACAUGGCUAAAAGACCAUUUGCUUGUGUUACUGUAUUAUAUGAUCAUAAUAAAAAUGGACAUAGUCCAAAUUCACCAUUACGUAAACGUCGACGUAAUAAAGUUAAUAAUUUUCAUAGUGAUGUUAGGCCAAUUGCUGUUGAACCAACUGAUGAUGGUAUUGCUGCUGUUGCAACAGUAUUUAUUAAAUUACCUGGUGGAAGAAAUGCACCAGUUAAACUUGGUCUUGGUAGUUCACUUAUAUUAUUGACAAGAGUUUAUCCUGUCAAUAGCAGAGUUUUUCUUCGUCGCAGACACAGUCAUGCUAUUAAUUAACACAAUAGCUUUUUUUAUUAACGAAAAAAAAUAAAACAAACGAAACAAGCGUGUUGUAUAAAUAGCCAAUUGAAUUAUUUAAUUUUUAAAUAUACUUACUAAAAAUAUAAUUAAUUUCUUUUUUUCUUUUAUGUAUAGAAAAAAAUGUAUAGAGUCUUGAAAAUUUUCAUGUUUUAUUUUAACUAAGCAAUUAAAUUUUUAUUAUAUAAAUUAAUUAAUAUAUAAAUGUUUUUGAAUGUUUUAAUAUGUUAUUAGCAUUGCCAUUCCUUGAAAUAAUUUAAGCACAUUAUACAAUGUACAUUUGUAUAUAUAUACACCAAUUUGUAUUAUAAAUUAUAAUUAUAAAUAUAAUUUUCUUUUGUAUCAAUUUUAUUAUUUUUUUCUUUUCUUUUUAAAUGGGCUGCUAUAAAUAAUUGUAAUACAAUAUUAAUAUUAUUUUUAUUUGUUUAUUUAAAAUAAUUUUUAUAAUAAAUAAAAAAUUAAUAUAUGCAAUGAAUUUAAACACAAAUAUUGCCUUUUUUUUUGUUGUCUUUAUUUCACUCUGUAUUUUUUUUUUAAAUUUAAUUUUAUUCAUCAUUUAAAAUAAUUUAAUUCACAUGUGUUUAUUAAGAAUGAAUAUAUAUAUUUAUUUUAUUUAGAAGUUUUAAAAAAAAAAAAAAACUUUUUAACAAUUGAUUACAUUUUUAUAAUUUUAUAAUCAAGAAUGUAUUUGAAAACCAUUACCACUUGUACUUGUUUAUGUUUUUUUUAUUAUUCGACUUGCUGAUGACAUUUUAUUCAAGCGAAUUGAAAAAAAAUUAUUAUUUUUUGUUCAUAAAAACACGAAGGUGAAGGAAAAAAAUAAAUUAAAAUUUAAUAAA